CGCGGUUACCGUGGCAACUAGAUAUCCAGGCCUCUCGCCCAGCGCAGCGAGAGCUUCCGCGUUGGCUGGUCACCUUGGUAACGGGCAAGUUGUCGAGGCCUGCUGGACGCCGAGGAGCCAUGGCGGAGGUGACAGCAGCCCGACCGGCUGCAUCUAUGCUGGCAACCACAGAACUCCCAAAACCCCAGGCAGGAAGAGUGCCAGAACUUCCCAUUCUAGAGAAAAGGAACUGGCUGAUCCACCUGUACUACAUCCGUAAAGACUAUGAUUCGUGUAAGAUUGCUAUAAAAGAACAACUUCAGGAGACCCAAGGGAUGUGUGAAUAUGCAGUUUAUGUUCAAGCUUUGAUAUUCCGCUUGGAAGGGAAGAUUCAUGAAUCACUUGAGCUUUUCCAGACUUGUGCUAUUCUGAAGCCUCGGAGUGCAGACAACCUCAAGCAGGUGGCCCGAUCGCUGUUUCUCCUGGGGAAACACAAAGCGGCCAUUGAAGUGUACAAUGACGCAGCUCAGCACAACCAGAAGGACUGGGAGAUUUGUCACAACCUGGGUGUCUGUUACAUGCACCUGAAGUAUUUCAACAAGGCCAAAGACCAGCUGAACAACGCCCUGCAGCUCAACCGACAUGACCUGACAUACGUGAUGCUGGGGAAAAUCUACCUGUUGGAGGGAAAUAAAGACCAAGCCAUUGAAGUCUACACAAAAGCAGUGGAAUUCUCUCCAGAAAACACAGAGCUCCUUACAACGCUGGGCUUGCUGUACCUGGAGCUCGAGAUUUAUCAGAAAGCCUUUGAGCAUCUUGGGAACGCACUCACGUAUGAUCCCAGCAACUAUAAGGCCAUCUUGGCAGCUGGCAGUAUGAUGCAGACGCACGGAGAUUUUGACGUAGCCCUCACCAAGUACCGGGUGGUAGCUUGCGCCGUUCCUGAGAGCCCCCCACUCUGGAACAACAUCGGAAUGUGCUUUUUUGGAAAAAAGAAAUAUGUGGCGGCCAUCAGCUGCCUGAAACGAGCCAACUACCUGGCACCCUUUGACUGGAAGAUUCUGUACAACCUGGGGCUGGUCCACCUGACGAUGCAGCAGUACGCCUCCGCCUUCCACUUCAUCAGCGCAGCCGUCCAUCUCCAGCCAAAGUUGGCGGAACUCUACAUGUUGUUAGCAGUUGCAUUGACAAACCUUGAAGAUGCUGAGAAUGCCAAGCUGGCCUAUCAGAAAGCUUCAGCGCUGGACACGUGUAACCCUCUCAUAAGUCUGAACUAUGCAAUCCUGCUCUACAAUCAAGGGGAUAAAAAAGAGGCUGUUCUGCAGUACCACGAGAUGAAAAGAAAAGUCCAAGCGUUAAAGGAGAGCACACUGGAGUUUGACCCGGAGAUGGUGGAGGUAGCCCAGAAACUGGGUGCUGCCUUACAGCUUGGAGAGGUUGCAGUCUGGACUAAACCUGCUAAGGACUCCAAAUCAAAGCCACGAGGGACAGCAUCCAGCAAAUCUUCCACUGCACAGCCUUUGGGCUCUAACCAAGCCCUAGGACAGGCCAUGUCUUCUGCAGCUGGGUAUGCAAAGGCCAUGAUUCCAGGUGCUGGAGGCUCAGCUCAGGUGGCAAAACGUCCCUCCCUGCCACUGGAGCCUAAACCCAACUCUGAGAGUGGGCCUGAGGAAGCCAGGUCUCCUGCAGAGCAGCAGGAGCAGAACCACAGAAGUCAGCCCAAAGAAGAAGGCAAAGAAUCUUGAAAAGGUUCCUGACUUGGACAGCUUGUAGGGUUUCAGAACUCACUGUACUAGAUGCAUAGAGACAGUACCGUAUGUGCAUUUAGUAUCCCACAAACCUUGCUCCAGUGUAAGGUGAUAUCCCAGUCCCCUCCAUGAGCUAACCGGAUGUUUGGGAAUUGAGUUUUAAUCUACUUUCCACAACACUCCACAUACAAGCAAAUUAAAGAUGCCAUCAAGAUAGGAGCAAGAUUUGGGAGUGGUUUUCCCUGGAGGCAACUAGCCCUUUGUAGCAGGAACAGAAGUGGGUUUGUCAGUCACUAACAGAGAAACCACCAUCCUGGUGACAGGGCCUACAGAUUGAGGUUGCAGCCUUCCUCUCCUUGUGGCUUUGAAUUACCGUCCCAUAAUAUACCUGUACCGUCAGCCAACUGUGAGAGGCCAACACCUGCUGCUGUACCUGUCAAACCAGUAACUUGUUCAGGAUUGUCAAAUUUGGAUUAGAUAUGCUGCAAAUGCUUUCGCACCUGCCUCAUAUUUUCUGCUGCUACUUGGAUCCUAGAGGGAUCUACCUAGAAGACUGAACAGCAGACAUCCUCCUCCUAUCACUGGGUGGUAGAACUUAAUAUUACAGACUAUUUGGCAGAAGAGAACUACUUUGUUUAUAAGGGAAGCGUUUGUUUUUUUAAAAAAAUGUAAAUAGAUUUAGUAAAUGGAUUGAAACUCCUUCUACAUUUUAUUU